AUGGAUACCAUCAAUAAGAGACAACAAAGAAGAGGAAGAUUUAGGGAAAGGGUUUGGAUCGAAUCAAAAUUGUUAUGGCAGAUCGUUGGUCCAGCCAUCUUCAGUCGUGUCUCCUCCUACUCCAUGAAUGUCAUCACCCAAGCUUUCACUAGCCAUAUUGGUGAUCUCGAGCUCGUUUCCCUCUCCAUCACCAAUAAUGUCAUUGUUGGCUUCAAUUACGGUCUCUUGUUAGGAAUGGCUAGUGCAUUGGAGACACUAUGUGGUCAGGCAUUUGGAGCCAAGAAAUUCCAUAAGUUGGGAAUCUAUUUGCAGAGAUCAUGGAUUGUUCUGUUUCUUUUCUCUGUUCUACUACUGCCCAUGUACGUAUUUGCUACUUCUAUUCUGAAAUGGAUGGGGCAACCGGAGGAUGUGGCAGAGCAGUCGGGUAUGGUGGUGAUGAACUACCUGCGUGCACGUAUGUGGGUGACGGUGGCCAGGACUUCACAAAGCAAGAGCCCGAGGAACAUGAUGGGUCUUGCAUCUCUGAUCUGUGUGCCUUCUCAUAGGCGGGCCUGA